AUGUUUCUCACUGUGUAUCUGCUGUCCCUAAUGGCAAACACCCUCAUCAUAUUCACUGUUGUGAUGGAGCCCACACUCCAGAUGCCCAUGUACAUUUUCUUAGGAAAUCUGUCCUUCCUGGAGAUCUGGUACACCACAGCCACAGUACCUAAACUGCUAGCCACCUGCCUGUCACAGGGUGUCACCAUCUCUUUGUCUGACUGUGUAACCCAGUACCACUUCUUUUUCUCCAUGGGAGCUACCGAGUGCAUCCUCCUGGCAGUGAUGGCCUAUGACUGGUACCUGGCCAUCUGCAAUCCUGUAAGAUACUCAGUGCUCGUGAGGAUCCCAGUGUGUCUGCAGUUCUCUGCUGGAUCUUGGAUUGGGGGCUUCAUUGCCCCUCUUCUAUCUACCAUACUUAUCUCUCAUCUGAACUUCUGUGGCCCCCAGAAGAUCAACCAUUUCUUUUGUGACUCAGACCCCAUCUAUAAACUCUCUUGCUCAGAUACAUUCUUGGUGGAGGCCUUGAGCUACACAUGUAGCUCUGUUGUGAUUCUCAGUUAUUUUCCUCUCACCAUGUCCUCCUAUGGACACAUUGUGGUCACAGUAAUCAGAAUGUCUUCCCAGGAAGCUUGGAGAAAAGCUUUCUCCACCUGUGCCUCCCACAUCACUGUGGUCACCAUCUAUUAUCGCACCAUCAUCUUUGCCUAUGUCUGUCCUCCAGCCAAGUACAACUUCACCAUUGGUAAAGUGGUCUCCAUGUUCUAG